AUGCUCCAACUUAUAGCAAGAAGACAACAAAAUAUGAAGUCUAUUUUUGGAGUCUUGCUUGUCUUGAUGGUGACGAGUAUUGGAGAGGCGGAAUUAAAGGAGAACUUCUACAGUUCCAGUUGCCCAAAUGUGGAAAGCAUAGUGCUGCAGGCAGUGAAUGCCAAGUUGGCUGAGACUCAGACAUUUACUCCGAUUCCAGCUACUCUUCGUUUGUUUUUUCACGACUGUUUUGUCGAGGGCUGUGACGCCUCUGUUCUCAUAGCUUCACCAAAUGGAGAUGCAGAAAAAGAUGCUCCUGAUAAUCUCUCCCUCGCUGGAGACGGUUUUGACACCGUUUUCAAGGCCAAGCAAGCCGUGGAGGCUGAGUGCCCUGGCAUAGUUUCAUGUGCUGACAUUUUAGCCAUUGCUGCGAGAGAUGUUGUAGUCCUGGCUGGAUGCCCUUCGUUCAGUGUAGAAUUGGGACGUCGUGAUGGAUUGAUUUCUGCGGCAUCCCGAGUUGCGGGAAAUCUGCCAGAACCCACUGAUGAUGUCGACCAACUGACCGCCCGCUUUGCCGCCAAAAAUCUUAGCCAGUUGGACAUGAUUGCACUCUCGGGUGCUCACACCAUCGGCUUUUCUCACUGCACUCGUUUUGCAAACCGCCUCUACUCCUUUACCCCUUCCAACCCCAUCGACCCUUCCCUCGACCCAAAUUAUGCCCAGCAGCUGAUCCAGGAGUGCCCCCAAAAUGUGGAUCCCCAAAUUGCAGUCAACUUGGAUCCCACAACCCCAACCAUUUUCGACAAUGUUUAUUACCAGAACCUCGUAGGAGGAAAGGGCAUGUUCACUUCGGACCAAGUGCUCUUUACCCAUCCAUCAACUAAGCCUGCUGUAACCAAUUUUGCCAAUAGUCCUUCCCGCUUCAAUGCUGCCUUCGUCGCAGCAAUGAGAAACCUCGGCAGGGUCGGUGUCAAAACUGGCAGGCAGGGAGAGAUUCGGAGGGACUGCACCACCUUCAACUCGUGA